GUGCUUAGGUCAGACCAGUGGUCGUGACUAAAACAUGGCUGUCUGACUUAAGCAAAAAUGAAAGUACAAAGUGCAACUCUGCGGGUAUAAAAGCAAGGUAUACACCUAAGAGUCAGGGGAAUUUCGGAUUACCGAUAGUUUAUAUUUCUCUCUCGCCAUGCCCCAAUUGUGGCCUCUGUAAUUUAUUAGGUCCUGUUUCAGACGUUUACUCAAUAUAUCGACAUUACUAAAUUGAAAUUGUGUACUGCAUCACAUCGUUUUUAGACAAACGUUUUAAUGGAAAAUGAAGAAACCAAUGAUUCUGACAGUGAUUCUUCAGAUGCAGACGACAUAGCUUUAGAUGGCGGCUGGGGAUGGAUGGUAGUGUUUGGCGCUUUUGUUAUUAACGUCAUCACGGACGGGUGUUCUUACUCGUUCGGGGUUUUGUUUACACAUUUGGUCGACUAUUUCCAUGCGAAUCGUAGCUCCACUGCAUGGGUAGGUUCCGUAUUUAAUGCAUCUCCACUUCUGUUUGGUCCUAUUGCCAGCAUCUUUGCCAAACGUUUUGGAUUCCGGAAAGCUACCGUCGUUGGAGGUUUGAUAGCGGCAUUUGGAAUGUUUUUAAGUAGUUUUGUGGAUUCCUUGAGCAUUUUGUGUGUUACUUACGGUUGCAUCUCAGGAUUUGGAAUUUCUCUUCCAUACUUAGCAUCCACCGUCGUGGUAAUGAUGUACUUCAAGAGAAGACGAUCUUUAGCGACGGGCUUGGCUGAAUGUGGAGCUGGAGUUGGAACACUGAUAUUCGCACCUCUUCUACAGCUUCUGAUAUCAGAAUAUGGCUGGAGAGGAGCCUUGUUGAUUUUAAGUGCUAUUGUGUCAAAUAUUGUACUCUGUGGUGCUUUAUUCAGACCACUUCCAAAAUGUAGUGCGAAAGGAAAAUACAUGACAGAAUCCCAACAGGAUGGCAUGGAAAUCUCAGAUCUCGAAACAACACCUGCAUUACAAAUUGAUACGAAAGAUGAAGAAAUAUGUGAUUGUGUUAUAGUAAAAAACUUAACUAGAGUUGAAUAUAACAAAACAGGAAACCUACAUAUCGGAAUUCAGGAUGAGGCUCACCCAAAUUUGGGCAAGAGUUCGAACUUUUUAUCAAAAUCAACCAAACCUAAUGAACAUUCCCCAGAAAAAGACCCAAAACGACCUGAGAAUAAAACAAAGCAUCGAAAAUGGAGAAUUGUUGACAUCAAAGUACUCCUUGAAUGGCGUUUUGUAAUAUUUCUCAUUUCAAAUUUCAUCCUUUAUUUUUGGUAUGAUGUUCCCUACGUGUUCACCGUGGACCGUGCCUUGGAAAUCGGCGAGUCGGAAUCUCGGGGUACUCUUAUCGUGUCUAUUGUCGGCAUUAUUCAUACGAUUGGCAAUAUAGUGUUUGGAUUUCUCGGUGAUUUGAAAAGGGUUAAUCGUUCCAGUCUGUACAGCGCCUCAAUGUGGGUUACCGGCCUUGGUUUAGCAAUGGUGCCAUUGUCCAGGGAUUAUUUAUCAUUUGCGGCAUUUGACGCAAUCUACGGUUUCUUUGUUGCAGCUUCCGAAGCCUUAUCUUGCGUUUUAGUUGCUGAUAUAUUAGGCAUAUCGAAAGUAUCGGACGGCUACGGGAUACUGAUGUUUCUUCAGGGAAUAGCUAAUUUAGUAGGACCACCAUUUGCAGGUUGGUUAUAUGAUGUCUCCGGUUCCUAUGACAACACUUUUUUCGCCGCCGGUGGAUCCAUCAUAUUUCUAGGAUUUUUGUAUGCCAUAGUGCCACUCCAUGCAAAGAUUCAGGGAAAAUCAUUGGAUGACAAAUAAAAAAUAUUUAACCUAAGAAAA